AUGGCUGACGCUUUGAAAGCCCAAGGCAAUGCCGCCUUCUCAGCUAAGGACUUCCCAAAGGCUAUUGAUCUAUUCUCACAAGCCAUCGAAAUCGAUCCUACAAACCACGUCCUCUUCUCCAACCGAUCCGGUUCUCAUGCUUCAUUGAAGAACUUCGAUGAAGCACUCAAGGAUGCUACAAAGUGUACCGAAAUCAAACCAGAUUGGAGCAAAGGCUGGUCGAGAAAAGGUGCUGCCCUCCACGGCACCGGUGACUUAAUCGGAGCCAUCGAUGCCUACGAAGAAGCCCUAAAACUCGAUGCCAACAAUGCCACCGCCAAGCAAGGUCUAAGCUCCGUCCACGAAGCCAUCCGUCGAGAACAAGAACGUGAUGGUGUCCGUGGUCCACCCGGUGGCGGUCCAGGUGGAAUGGGAUUGGAUUCACUCUUCAGCGAUCCAAUGCUCAUUCCAAAGCUUGCUGCAAACCCAAAGACCAGAGAUCUCGUUCAGGAUCCCGAGGUUCUCGCUAAGUUGCAGAGGUUGAAGCAGAAUCCUGCUGAUUUCCAAAGCGUCCUCGGCGACCCCCAAAUGAUGACAAUCCUCGCUGCAAUCCUCGGAAUCUCCGACCAAAGACCCGGUGCCGCCGAAGAAGACACCCCAAUGUACGACGCUGCCCCACCACCACCCCGCUCCAAAACCCCACCACCGCCACCGCAGCCACAAAAGGAACCAACUCCAGAACCCGAAGACCCCGAAGAAGUCGCCAAACGCGAAGCCAAAGAAGCAGCAGACAAAGAAAAGGCACUCGGAAACGAUGCAUACAAGAAGCGAAACUUCUCUGUUGCCAUCGAACACUACAACAAAGCCUGGGAGCUUCAUAAGGAUAUCACUUACCUCAACAACUUGGCUGCUGCUAAGUUCGAAGCAGGAGAUUAUGAAGGUUGUAUCGCCGAUUGUGAAAAGGCUAUCACCGAAGGCCGAGAGGUAUUUGCCGACUUUAAGUUGAUCGCAAAAGCCUACGGCCGUAUCGGUACCGCCUACCACAAACUCAACGACCUUUCCAAAGCCAUCGAAUACUACCAACGUUCCCUAACCGAACAUCGCACACCAGACAUCCUGGCCAAACUCCGUACCGUCGAAAAGCUCAAGGUCCAAUCCGAAAAGGAAGCCUACGUCUCCCCCGAAAAGGCCGAAGAAGCUCGUCUCGAAGGUAACGAAAAAUUCAAAAACGCAGAUUGGCCCGGUGCCGUAGAAGCCUACACGGAAAUGAUCAAGCGUUCCCCGAACGAUGCUAGGGGUUAUACCAACCGUGCUGCUGCUUUACAAAAGCUCAUGAGCUUUCCUAGUUCGAUUGAUGAUUGUAGGAAGGCUAUUGAAUUGGACCCUGGCUUUAUGAGGGCUCAUAUUAGACUCGCUCAGGGUUACUUUGGUUUGAAGGAGUAUAAUAAGGUUCUCGAUGCUUUGGCUGCUGCUACAGAGGCCGAUAGGGAGUUGAAGCAUACAAGGGAGAUUGAAGAGUUGAGCCAGAAGACUAUGGGAAUCAUGUAUACUGCUCAUGAGAAUGAGACGGAAGAGCAGGCUAGGGAGAGAAUCCAGAGGGAUCCAGAGAUCGUCUCCAUCAUCUCCGACCCAAUCAUGCAAACAAUCUUGAACCAGGCAAAGAAUGACCCAAUGGCCUUGCAAGAACAUAUGAGAAACCCAACAGUCAGAACAAAAAUCCAGAAGUUGAUCGCUGCUGGUGUCAUCAGGCUUGGUAGGUAA